GGAACAAAGAUGGCUGCUGCUGUUGUUCGGGAUGCAGAGUGAUCUCAGGCUGUCAUCCGAGCGCAGGCCGAGCAGACGCUGACACACCCGAGACCCGAGACCCGGACCCGAGACCCGGACCCAAGACACGAGACCGAGACCCGGACCCAAGACACGAGACCCGAGACCCGGACCCGAGACCCGAGACCCGGACCUGAUUCUGUUCUGAAGCAGGGGGCGCACUGACGGACCGCAGACAUGGACACCACCACGUCCAUCAAGAUGACCACCCUGGCCAUCCAGAACCUGUUCAGCUACGUGGAGGAGGAGAACCUGGCGGCCCUGAAGGCUCACCUGGACCGCUUCAAGGAGGUGGACGGACGCAGCGACAACGGUCAGACCCCCCUGAUGCUGGCGGCGGAGCAGGGGAGCAUGGAGAUCGUCCAGGAGCUCAUCAGGAGGGGAGCCAACGUCAACCUGGACGACGUGGACUGCUGGUCGGCUCUGAUCUGCGCCGCUAAAGAAGGUCACGAGGACGUGGUGAAGGAGCUGCUGGAGAACAGCGCCUACAUCGAGCACAGGGACAUGGGAGGCUGGACGGCGCUGACGUGGGCGUCUUACAAAGGUCGCGUGGAGGUCACCGAGCUGCUGCUGGAGCACGGGGCCAACCCCAACACCACAGGACAGCAGUACAGCGUGUAUCCGAUCAUCUGGGCUGCCGGUCGAGGACACGCCGACAUCGUCAAACUGCUGCUGCAGAGCGGAGCUAAAGUCAACUGUUCUGACAAGUACGGGACGACUCCUCUGAUCUGGGCGGCCAGGAAAGGACACUUUGACUGUGUGAUGCACCUGCUGGAGAACGGAGCCGACGUCGACCAGGAGGGGGCGAACUCCAUGACGGCUCUGAUCGUGGCGGUGAAGGGCGGCUACACCGAGGUGGUGAAGGAGCUGCUGAAGAGAAACCCCAACGUCAACAUGACCGACAAAGACGGGAACACGGCGCUGAUGAUCGCCGCCAAGGAGGGCUACACCGAGAUCGUGCAGGACCUGCUGGACGCCGGGACCUACGUCAACAUCCCAGACCGGAGCGGCGACACGGUGCUGAUUGGAGCAGUGCGGGGGGGUCACGUGGAGAUCGUCAGGGCUCUGCUGCAUAAAUACGCCGACAUCGACAUCAGAGGACAGGAGAAUAAAACGGCGCUGUACUGGGCCGUGGAGAAAGGAAACGCCACCAUGGUGAGAGACAUCCUGCAGUGUAACCCCGACACAGAGACCUGCACCAAGGACGGAGAGACUCCUCUGAUAAAAGCCACCAAGAUGAGGAACAUCGAGAUUGUGGAGCUGCUGCUGGAUAAAGGAGCCAAGGUGUCGGCGGUGGACAAGAAAGGAGACACGCCCCUCCACAUCGCUAUCCGUGGGCGGAGUCGCCGCCUGGCCGAGCUCCUCCUCAGAAACCCCAAAGACGGGCGCCUGCUGUACCGACCCAACAAGGCCGGAGAGACGCCAUACAACAUCGACUGCAGCCACCAGAAGAGCAUCCUCACGCAGAUCUUCGGAGCGCGUCACCUGUCCCCCACCGAGUCUGACGGAGACAUGCUGGGUUACGACCUGUACAGCUCUGCGCUGGCCGACAUCCUGAGUGAGCCCACCAUGCAGCCGCCCAUCUGUGUGGGUCUGUACGCCCAGUGGGGCAGCGGCAAGUCCUUCCUGCUGAAGAAGCUGGAGGACGAGAUGAAGACUUUUGCUGGGCAGCAGAUCGAGCCGUUGUUUCAGUUCUCCUGGCUCGUCGUCUUUCUGUCUCUGCUGCUCUGCGGCUGCGUCGCUGUCGUCCUUGGUUUCACAGUUGACCCAAAACUCGCCAUGGCCGUCUCCCUCAGCCUUCUGGCUCUGCUCUACCUCUUCUUCGUGGUGGUGUACUUCGGCGGGCGUCGGGAAGGGGAGAGCUGGACCUGGGCGUGGCUGCUCAGCACCCGUCUGGCCCGUCACAUCGGGUAUCUGGAGCUGCUGCUGAAGCUGAUGUUCGUGAACCCGCCGGAGCUGCCGGAGCAGAGCACCAGAGCGCUGCCUGUCAGGUUCCUGUUCACAGACUAUAACCGCCUGUCGAGCGUCGGAGGAGAAACGUCAAUGGCUGAGAUGAUCGCCACGUUGUCCGACGCCUGCGAGAGGGAGUUUGGCUUCCUCGCCACUCGCCUGUUCAGAGUGUUUAAAACCGAGGAGACGCAAGGUAAGAGGAAGUGGAAGAAGACGUGCUGCGUGCCGUCAUUCAUCCUCUUCGGCGUGGUGCUGGCCUGCCUGCUGACUGGCAUGGCGCUGCUGGCCGUGUUUAAGGUGGACGGGGAGAACCGCACAGUGAACGCCGUGCUGAUCGCCAUCGGCAGCGUGGUGGGUCUGGCCGUGCUGCUGAACUGCAGGACCUGGUGGCAAGUGACCGACUCGGUGCUGAACUCUCAGAGGAAGAGGCUGCACAGCGCCGCCAACAAGAUGACCAAGCUGAAGAGCGAGGGCUUUAUGAAGGUGCUGAAGCACGAGGUGGAGCUGAUGGCGAGGAUGGCGAAGACCAUCGACGGCUUCACGCAGCAUCAGACGAGGCUGGCGGUCGUCAUCGACGGACUGGACUCCUGCGAGCAGGACAAAGUCCUGCAGAUGCUGGACACGGUGCGGGUGCUGUUCUCCAAAGGGCCCUUCAUCGCCAUCUUUGCCAGCGAUCCUCACAUCAUCAUCAAAGCCAUCAACCAGAACCUGAACAGCGUCCUCAGAGACUCCAACAUCAACGGACACGACUACAUGAGGAACAUCGUCCACCUGCCCGUCUUUCUCAACAGCCGAGGACUCUCCAGCGCCAGGAAGAUGUGCGCGACCGCGCCGGCUAACGGGGACGCCGCCAACGCUGAAGCAGGUUGGCACGAGGAGCUGGACAGGAAACUGUCUCAGCACAGUUUGGGAGAAUUAACCAAGAUUGGCAGCAAGACGACGCUGAACCGCAGAGACACGUACCGGCGGCGCCAGGUGCAGCGCUCGGUGACUCGGCAGAUGUCGUUUGACCUGACGAAGCUGAUGGUGACGGAGGACUGGUUCAGUGACAUCAGCCCACAGACCAUGAGGAGGCUGCUCAACAUCGUCUCCGUCACAGGUCGUCUGCUGAGAGCCAAUCAGAUCACUUUUAACUGGGACCGCUUGGCGUCGUGGAUCAACCUGACGGAGCAGUGGCCCUACAGGACGUCCUGGCUCAUCCUGUACCUGGAAGAGACCGACGGGGUCCCAGACCAGGCCACGCUGAAGACCAUCUAUGAGAGGGUGUCAAAGAACAUCCCGACCACCAAAGACGUGGAGCCUCUGCUGGAGAUCGACGGAGACGUCCGCAGCUUCGAGGUCUUCCUGUCGUCUCGGACUCCGGUCCUGACGGCCAGAGACAUCCGGACCUUCCUGCCCUGCACCGUCAACCUGGACCCCAAGCUGAGAGAGAUCAUCGCAGAUGUUCGUGCUGCCCGGGAACAAGUGAAUAUGGGCGGGGUCACGUACCCGCCCCUCCCCAUGCAGGAGGCCCAGCCCCGCCCCACCUCGGUCUACAGCCAGGUGUCAUCGAUGUGCUCGCCCUCCGCCUCCUUCAGCGGGCCUUUCAACCAGCCACCGGGGGGCGGAGUCUCACAGCAGCCUCACAGCAGCUACUACAGCGGCAUGGUGGGGCCACAGCACCCCUUCUACAACCGGCCAUAUUUCCCCCAUCACCUUUACCAGCUGCCACGCCCAUUCGUGGCUUCCUACCCACCACACUUUUAUCCACGCCCACUUCCUAAAAGCUACAUCAGCCGGGACGCCACACCUUAUAGGGUUUCAUCUUUGAAAAGGAAGCAGGGUUCGGCCUCCGUGGUGUCGGGCGCUCCAGCCAUCCUCCUCAGCUCCAUGACGACGGAGGCCGUCUGUGAGCGCGUACGGCAGAUCGAAGGCAUCGACCAGAGCAUGACAGCUCAGUACAGCGCCACCAUCAGGAAGGCGAACGUUAACGGCAGAGUUUUGUCUCAGUGUAACAUUGAUGAGUUGAAGAAGGAGAUGAACAUGAACUUUGGAGACUGGCAGCUCUUCAGAGCCACGGUUCUGGACAUGCGUCACAUAGAGAGUCAGGUGCUGCAUGAGGACGCUGCCAGUGAGCAAGGCAGCGUUGUGGGCGGUCACGUCGAGGCGGGAAGGCGAGCAGUGGCUCCGCCUCACGCCGGCGCUGCCAACCCAGACACUUCCCCGAUGUACAGCUUCAACUUGAGCUUCGAGGAGCUAAGCACUGUGGGACUGGACGAACCAGCAAGAAAUGGAAACAUGCAGUGGAUGGGUGGCGCCCACCGAACAGCCAGCAUGACCAGCCUGAACUCCCAGGAGUCCUCCAACGACAUCUCCAAGCUGACAGACAAGCAGCAGGCCGAGUACCGCAACGCCUACCAGGAGUACAUCGCCCAGAUGGCCCAGGUGGAGAUGGGCGGGGGCAGCGGCGGAGAGAGGCCCGUCCAACCACAGCCGGGACAGUUCAUGACAUCAUCAUCCGAAGACAAGAGCAAAGAUGGUGGCGAGCAGGACGGACGCAAAUCCUUCACCAAGAGGAGCAGCGCCAAACCGGCACCAGACAACACCGACUUCGCCCCCAAUGGUGACGCACUGGACCCCAUCACAGAGGAGGAUGAGAAGGGGGACCACGGAUCCUCCAAGUCCCUGCUGACCCGCAAGACCUCAGCAGAACGAGGAGGUCUGUUCCAGGGCGCCACCGACCUGAAGCUGAAGGCGGGCGGCGGGCUGCGCUACCAGAAGCUGACCAGUGAUGACGAGGAGUCAGAGGAGUCAGAUAACGCGCCCCUGCUGAAAGACGGCAAGAAGGUGGUUGACCCUAAACUCCCUGGCGGCUCACUGGCGCUGAAGGGUAAGGAUUACCUGUCGGACGCCAUGUUGGACAAGAAGGACUCGUCGGACUCCGGCGUGCGUUCCAAUGAGAGCUCACCCAACCACUCGCUGCAGGACGAGGAGGCGGACCUGUCGCAGCUGGAGAGAGCCAACCUGAUCGAGCUGGAUGAGGAGAGCCUGGCCAGGAAGCGCGGCCUUCCCAGCAGCCUCAGCGGCCUCCAGGACCCGGCCGUCGCCCGCAUGUCCAUCUGCUCCGAGGACCAGUGCAGCCUGCUGGCCAGCAGCCCCGAGGAGAGCUGGCCCUCAUCCAAGAGCUUCAACCUGAACCGUACGCCGAGCAACGUGACCCUUAACAACAACACCAACGCCCAGCAGGGCAACCGCCCCCGCCAGCCUGCAGAGGGCUCCACCUCCUCCAACCCCACCUCCUCCUCCUCCAGUGAUGUCAUCAUCUCCCCGAGCUCUGGCACCUCCGGCACCACCAGGCCGGGGCCGAACAACGAGAACGUCCGAGUGGUUCACCUGAAGAGGGGGCUGAAACCUGGAGACCCACCGGAGAUCUGCACCGUGUCCUCCGACACCGUCACCUUCGGCGAGGAGCGGGAGAGCAUCCUGUGACCUCGUGGUGAAGAUUAAGAGAGCACUGAGUGUCCACCAGGAGCCGGACGCCUUCUGAACCAAUCAGAAGCUUGUUGUUGGACUUUCCCGACUCAUCUGGAACCGGCUCCGCCUACAAGCCUCUGAAGAGACGAGACAACAUUUAACGAGUUUGACGAGUCGAGAAAACGUCAGAAAUCUGUGGAUUGGAGGAUUUGAAAUCUAGAUUAAAACACUAAAAGCACUAAAA